CUUGCUCAGCGCUCAUCCAUCAUGUCCGACAGAGCUAAACAACCUACUCGAGCAUCCACAAGGACGAGGACACCGGCACCGGUACCGCCUACCACUCGAUCUACCCGUUCAAAAACUACAGCGAUAACGACAACGGCUACCAAAGCAGUUGCCCCAACCGUCAAGAAGACGAACUCGCAAACGAAACCCCCAUCAAAUCCGGAAACUCUUUGCAAAACCAAGACCGUUUCUUCUCAGCCUAGUAUUGAACAAGAACCGAUAAUGGCGUAUCUCAGGAUCCGGCCACAUCUUGGUGAUGACGAAGCCAGUACUCCAUAUCUCACUUGCCUCUCCAAUACGACCGUUCGUAUGGCAGAUCUGAAUGACCAGCAAAAUAGGUAUCGAGCCAGUGUCAUGCCUUCAUCUACCUACACUUUUUCCCACGUGUUUACUCCUGACACCACCCAGUCCGACUUCUUUCAAAACACGACACUUCCGUUGGUCCGUGACGCUCUGCAAGGUCAGAACGCUUUACUGUUUGCAUAUGGUGCUACAAACUCCGGCAAGACAUACACCAUCCAGGGCGGAACCCAGGAUGGUAGUGCCGGCAUAUUGCCGAGGAGUCUGGACGUCUUAUUUAAUAGUACAGAGGGUCUUCGGGGAAAGGCAAAGUAUCGGCCUGUACGUCUCCAUGGUGUUGAACUAUCCGAUGCUCAAGACACAGCUCCUCUCGCCCUACAUCCAGAGCCUUCUGUGGCUGAGGUUCUUGGGCAUCCAGUCGAUACCUCCUUCGACACAGACAUCGAUCCAACGGUACUCAACCUCGACCGGAACUAUGAGUACAGUAUAUGGCUCUCGUAUGCUGAGGUUUAUAACGAAAAGAUUUAUGAUCUUCUGGAUUCAGUCAAAGACGAAUCGGCUACGCAACCCUUGCCUCGUUCCGGAAGCUCUAAGGCUCUUUUGCUUACGCGAAAGGCACUCACCUUGAAAGCAUCACCACCUUCUGACGAUGCUCAUUCAGACGCCAGAGGGAAGUACAUAUCAGGGCUCAGACAGUUCCGCGUUGAUACAGCGGCACAAGCGAAGGCCCUUGUGAAGCUCGGUCAGCUACAUCGACGCGUUUUUGGGACCCUCGCAAAUGCCGAAAGUAGUCGUAGUCACGGUAUGGUUAUUAUAAAGAUUAUGAGGGGUCAUCGAGGCGAAAAGAAUGACCCAACGAGCUUGCAGAUAUCACGACUGACACUUGUGGACCUGGCAGGUUCUGAACGAACAAAGCAUACCCAUACAACAGGUGAUCGGCUCAGAGAAGCAGGCAGCAUCAACAAGUCUUUAAUGGUCCUUGGCCAAUGCCUUGAAGUUCUGCGAUCAAACCAGCGGAAAUUGGCUAUGAGCCUUGGCCAAGAAGGAGUUGGGACACAGAUGCGAAUGGAUACGCGUGAUGUGAAGAAAACUUUAGCGAUCGUGCCCUUCAGACACAGCAAACUCACGGAAACUUUGAUGGAUUAUUUCGUGGGCGAUGGCAGAACCGUCAUGAUCGUCAAUGUCAACCCUUUCGACACAGGUUACGACGAAAACUCUCAUGUCAUGAAGUUUGCUGCUUUAGCUAGAGAAGUAUAUGUUACACCAGCACCAGCACCCGUGCAACAAAUUCCUUCAAUGCUGAACGUUGGUCCUGGAAAGACCACAGGUAAUGUCAUCAAGCAACUUGGGCCUUUGACAAUGCGAGAUCCCGACAUUGUGCCGAAGCCGACGCGACGGAAAGUCACAAUUUCAACCGGUGGACCCGGGAAUGGCAAGAAGGCCAAAGAAGCCGUCCUUGAAGUGCUGGAAGUUGACGAACAUGAGAGUAGCGAUAAUGGAGACGAAGAUGAAUAUCCUGCAAAUCCCCUAGUAGAUGCUUUGUUUGAGGAGAUUGAUCACCUACGGUUACAGCUUUACGAAGCAGAGCUUCGCUGUGCUGAUAUAGAGGCUGAUACUCGGGAAGAAGUAAUGGCGGAGAUGGAAGAGCGCAUGAGGAAGGUUGAGAAUAUGUACGAACGGAGGCUCCGGAAUGAGAUUGACCAGAACAACCUUAAAACAGAUGCAAAGAUAGACAUGCUUCACCAAGCAGGUUUAUUUAGUCCCGUAAAGCAAGAUAGGCUCGCUCCCGUUGGUUGCAAUCAGCUACGCAGUGUGAGUAGCUUUUAUGCUCCACAAUGGGGGGUGUUCAUUUGUAUGUAGAACUCUGACGAUGGCGGUUUGAUCUCGCCCAACGAGGAUUCUGACCUGACAAGCUUGGAUGAAGAUGUCGAGAGCGAUCCUGACAACUCCCGCCCGAAGUCUCCAUCGAUUGCUAAAGGCAAGCUCCCGAAGUGUGCACCGAUCCCUGAAUAUGCCAUAACUAUGUCAAUAGGGAGGAGCAACUUACCUGCAGGAGCAACUGCAACGUUGCAAAAAGCGGCCAAACCAAAGAAGCGGCUUCUUGGUAAAAAUGCAGUUGUAACCGAGGAACAGAUAGAUAUGGUCACCGCGGCAACAGAAAGACGGAUUGCGAGCGGGGGAUACGGGCAGCCUCGUCGGUUUGCGGGGCGGUAGAUAGCUUCGU